AUGCCCUGGGCUGUGCUCCUCGGCCUCCUGGCCGCGGUGCUGCUGCUACUGCUGCUGACCCGCCGGCGCACGCGCCGACCUGGAGAGCCUCCCUUGGACCUGGGAAGUAUCCCCUGGUUGGGCCAUGCCUUGGAGUUUGGAAAAGAUGCUGCCAGCUUCCUCACUAGGAUGAAGGAGAAGCAUGGUGACAUCUUUACAGUGCUCGUGGGGGGCAGGUAUGUCACUGUCCUCCUGGACCCACACUCCUACGACACAGUGGUGUGGGAAUCUCGCACCAAGCUGGACUUCCACGCCUAUGCUGUCUUCCUUAUGGAGAGGAUUUUUGACGUGCAGCUUCCGCAUUACAACCCCAGUGAUGAAAAGGCCAGGAUGAAACCGACUCUCCUCCACAGAGACCUCCAGGCUCUCACGGAAGCCAUGUAUACCAACCUCCGCACUGUCCUGCUAGAUGAUGCCACAGAGGCGGGCGGGGGCUGGCACGAGAUGGGGCUCCUCGAUUUCUCCUACGGCUUCCUGCUCAGAGCCGGCUACCUGACCCUGUAUGGAGUUGAGGCGCUGCCACGCACCCAUCAGAGCCAGGCCCAAGACCGCCUCCACUCGGCUGACGUCUUCCACACCUUCCGCCAGCUCGACCUGCUGCUCCCCAAACUGGCACGUGGCUCCCUGUCAGUGGGGGAUAAGGACCGUGUGAGCAAGGUCAAAGGUCGCCUAUGGAAGCUGCUUUCCCCUACGAGACUGGCCACCCGGGCCCACCGGAGCGCCUGGCUGGAAAGUUACCUGCUGCACCUGGAGGAGAUGGGUGUGUCAGAGGAGAUGCAGGCACGGGCCCUGGUGCUGCAGCUCUGGGCCACACAGGGGAAUGUGGGUCCCACCACCUUCUGGCUCCUUCUCUUCCUCCUCAAGCAUCCUGAGGCCCUGACCGCCGUCCGUGGAGAGCUCGAGCAUACCCUCUUGCAGGUGGAACAGCCUGUCUCACAGAUGACCACCCUCCCACAGAAGGUUUUAGACAGCAUGCCUGUGCUCGACAGCGUGCUGAGUGAGAGCCUCCGGCUCACGGCUGCACCAUUCAUCACACGUGAGGUCAUGGUGGACCUGGCCAUACCCAUGGCAGAUGGGCGGGAAUUCUCCCUACGACGUGGUGACCGCCUCCUCCUCUUCCCCUUCCUGAGUCCCCAGAAGGACCCAGAAAUCUACACAGAUCCAGAGGAAUUUAAAUAUGACCGAUUCCUGAACCCUGAUGGAUCAGAGAAGAAAGACUUCUACAAGGAAGGGAAACGGCUGAAGAAUUACAACAUGCCGUGGGGCGCGGGGCACAAUCAGUGCCUUGGGAGGAGUUAUGCCAUCAACAGCGUCAAACAAUUUGUGUUCCUGAUGCUGGUGCACUUUGACCUGGAGCUGACCAACCCAGACGUGGACAUCCCUGAGUUUGACCUCAGCAGAUAUGGCUUCGGUCUGAUGCAGCCGGAACACGACGUGCCCAUCCGGUACCGUGUUCGGCCGUGA